AUGAAGUUACAGAAACUCUGUAAUGGGGGUGGUACUGAGGAUCUGCCAAAUGGGUUACGUGAAAUGACGAUUUUAGCCCCACACCGGAACCUCGAACUCUGUCUCGACGGUAGUCCGGAGGGGCAAGUUAGGUAUUUUCACGCAGUGGAAGGGAAAAGUUGCAGACUGAGAUGGUUUAACCAGUUAGAUCCAAGGAUCAACAAGAGGCCGUUCAGCGAGGAAGAAGAAGAAAGGCUUUUGGCGGCCCACGAAACGUACGGAAACAAAUGGGCUCUAAUAGCCCGGCUUUUCCCGGGCCGGACGGAUAACGCCGUGAAGAAUCACUGGCAUGUGAUUAUGGCAAGAAAACACAGACAAGGCGGCAGCUACGUGUACAGGAAAAGAAAGCCUUCUUAUUCACUGCUGCACGCCCAAUAUAGGGGAAUAGUCACUACCUUGAUGAUGAAUAAUAAUGUUAGUGUUGAGGAAUCAUCUGGUGCUUCGACCCCCACCGAUCUUCGCCUGAGUCUGCACUCGGUGAGGCCUUCAAAAUACGAUCGUGGUGGUGUUGGCAUGGUAGGGGAGAUGGCUACUGGGAACAAAGAAAACCAAAUUGAUGAUAAAGAGAUAUAUGAAUCAGUUUACUCAGAUUCAAACUCUGAAGUGCUCUCAGCAUCAGAAUCAGUAGCCAACAACAGGGCCACCAGUCUCUGCAUUUGUGGGGAAAAUCAAAGUGACAAUAAAAAUGUGGGAUUCAUUGAUUUUCUUGGGGUGGGGUCCAUUAUUUGA